AUGCCCCCCGCAACAGCAACCACGGGCCACAUUACACGCCCGCCACCACUCGACAAUACAUACACCUCUGACCCGAGUCUACGACGGGUAUUGGGAUGGUACCUCCCGCCAACGCACCUCCCCGCGCUGGACAGCCACUUGACCACCCUCGGCGCCGAAGCCAUCUCGCCGCAAAUCAGAGAAUGGAGCGCCGACGCCGAGCGCAACCAGCCGUACGUCAAGGGGUUCAAUGUCUGGGGCGACCAGUAUGGGGUUGAUCGGCUGGUUACGAGUGAGGGGUGGAAGCAGUUGGCGAAAUGGGGGGCCAAGAAUGGAGUCGUCGCCCUAGGCUAUGAGGACACAUACGGUGCGCAGAGGAGGCUGGCGCAGUAUGCCGUAAACUACAUCUACUCCCCCUCCUCGGGAAUGGCAUCGUGCCCUAUCAGCAUGACCGACGGCGCGGCCCUGAUCCUCAGCCAGGAGAUUGCCCGACGGAACCUUCCAGCAGACCACGCGUUCUCCGUCACGCUGCGCCACUUGCUUUCGCGCGGAGACGGGAACGACGUCGACUUUUGGACGAGUGGGCAGUGGAUGACGGAACGGGCGGGUGGGAGUGAUGUUGCGAAUACAGAGACGUGGGCGGUGCAUUCGCCGGGUUCCGGUUCGAGUUCGAGUUCAGGUGAUCAGGCAGUCGAGGAAGGCGAGUAUCUCAUCCGCGGCUUCAAAUUCUUCUCCUCGGCGACGGACGCGAAUGUUGCGCUGCUGCUGGCCAAGACGGAGCCGAGUGGCAAGUUGAGUACGUUUCUUGCGCCGUUGCGUCUCUCUUCACCAUCCUCCUCGCCAGCCCCAUCUACUGCCAGUUCUCAAGUGACAAAUGGAAUUCGCAUCCACCGCAUGAAAACCAAACUGGGCACCAAAGAACUCCCCACCGCCGAACUCGUCCUGCACGACACGCGCGCCCACCUCGUCGGCGACCUCAACAAGGGCGUCUCAACCAUCGCGCCACUCCUCAACAUCACGCGGACGCACACGUUCAUCGGGUCACUGGGCGCGUGGAGGCGGGCACUGAGUAUCGCCAAGGGAUUCGCGCGGGCGCGCACGACGGUCGGGGAGCCGCUGUGGCUUAUCCCGAUGCAUUUGCGGGUUCUUGCUGAGGGAGAGGGGAGGCAUCGGGCGGCGAUGGAGGUGGGCUUUUUUACUGUCGGGGUUAUGGGGGUUGUUGAGAAUGAGGACGAUCAUUCAGGGGCGGACUCUGUUGCGGAGGGCAAGGGUAAGGUGAAAGCCGAGCAUCUCCCGCGCCCCGGGGCCGAAGCAACAAUCGUCUUUCGGACGCUCACGGCCCUCUGCAAAGCCGUCGUGAGCAAGAUGGCGAUCGCCGGGAUCCAAGAGUGUCAGGAGGCACUGGGUGGCGUCGGGUACAUGGACGAGGCGGACGAGCCGGAAUUCAACGUCUCGCGCAUCCUGCGGAACACGCUGGUGAAUUCGAUCUGGGAGGGCACGACGAAUGUGCUUGCGAGUGAGUUUGUGCGGUUCCUCGUCAAAGGUCGCGGAGAGAAUCUGGUCGUGUUUUCCAAAUGGGUUGAGCGUGUUCUCGCGUUGAUUGCUCCCGGGGAGAUAAAGGGGGUUCUUGUUGAGGCGUGGACGGCGUGGAAGGGGAGGGUUCUGGAUGCUGUUUCAAAGGAGAAGAUUGAGAGUGUGCUUGCGGAUGGACGGCGGGCAAUGUUCACGCUUGCAUGGGUGCUGUGUGGGAUCCUGCUGGUGCUUGAUGGGCAGAGGGAUGGGGAUGGCGUUACGGGGGAGAUUGCGAGGAGGUGGGUGCUGCAGGGGGAGAUUGGCGUUGGGGAUACCGUGUGGAGGGAUAUUGUGUUCCCAAGAAAGGCGGCAGCAGUCGAUGAGGAGAGUAUUCGAUGGGAUUGCCGGAUUGUCUGGGGAGAGGAGUUGCCUGCUGUUGCGGUUGGGCAUCGGAGCAUGAAACUGUGA